ACACCACUAUGAUAGGCUCCCCGGAUGUGGUGGCUUUCGCUAAAGAGGACGAGUAUGGGCAGACCAGUCCUGAUCCCUGGCCUCUCUCAGAGGAGUUCUCUGUCCCCCUCUAUCCUCUGGCUGACUCCAACCCCUGGGCCAAAACCUCCUAUGCCAAGUUCACCAAAGACUUCAUCCUCAUCUCAGAGUUCUCUGAACAGGUGGGCCCACAGCCUCUCCUUACUAUCCCAGAUGAUCCCAAAGUCUGUGGCACUUUCGACCUCAACUACUUCUCCCUGCGCAUCAUGUCAGUGGACUACCAGGCCUCCUUCGUGGGGCAUCCGCCUGGCACUGGCUACCCAAGGCUCAGCUUUGUGGAGGACUCCAGGGUGGUGUUGGGCGACUCGAAAGAGGGGGCAUUUGCCUACGUGCAUCACCUUACCCUUUAUGACCUUGAGGCGAGAGGCUUCGUGCGGCCCUUCUGCAUGGCCUACGUUGCAGCAGAUGAAAAGAAGAUCAUGCUGCAGUUUCAGGAGCUUUCUCUUCGCUUCUCGCAGGCUUCAGAGUGCCUGAAGGCCGGGAACAGGAGAGCAUUUGCCAAGGAACUCCAGAGGAAGCUCCGAGACCUUGAGUACACUCACUCUGUGCUGCAGCGGGAGGAGGGCCUGCAAAGAGAGGCGGGGCCUCAGAGCAUGUACUCUGCUCAUGCUGUGGAAAAGGCCAACGAACUGGCCAAUGUGGAAAAGAGCAUUUUUGAACACAGGGACUUGCUGAAGCAGAUCAGCUCCUACCACCGCCGUCCACGACGGGAUCCUCACGCUGUCACCUGCCAAAAGUGUGUGGACGAGUGCUUGAGUGAGUGCGAAGAGCUGCUGAACAAAUACGCCAAGAUUGCCUACCCUUGUGGUUACAGUGAGAAAGCGGGGAAAGGAGAGGAUGGACAGGGUCAUCCUCGUGGACAAGGUGAAGAUGAUGAUGAUGAUGAUGAGGAGGAGGGUGUUAAACGCAAGCUCUCCUACACGCCACAGCUGAUCAAAGCUAAAUCUGCCAAAUGUUUUGACAAGCGCCUGAAGACCCUGCAGGAGCUGUGUGACAAGACUUUCUAUGAGGCCACUGUGGAGCUCCUGAAGGAGACAGAAAGAAGUUUCCGGGGUGACCUGUGUUACCUCUACACACGCCGCCUGGACAAGGCACUGCAGAGAAAACAGAGAGUCACUGCCUUUUUGUUUGAGGAGGACCUCAGUGAUGAUGACGAGGAUGAACUGGGAACACUAAGACCAUUCUGUGCUGUGAACCAUGCUGUAGAUAAUUAUGUACUCUUAAAUCCGCCUCCUAUUGUUCUGACACCAGAACCUCAUGAGCUGGAUGCGCUGGAACGUCCGGAGCAUCUAGACCCGGCUUCUGAGACCAGUGUUACUCAGGAGAGUGAGCUCGGACUUGGGGAGAGUCAUCUGGAGUCCUCUCCUUCAGACCAGACUCUUGAAACCCAGGAGAGCUCAGAGGAGACCAAAGGAAGCUUCAGCAGUGAUAAGAGUGGAGUGGGUCUAGCAGAGAUGCAGCAGGGUCUGGUUAGUAUGAAGUCAGAAGCGCCUGAUCCUGACUCUGACUUGACCCCUGACCCAAACCAUAACCUGGAGAGAGAGAGCAGCAGUGAAGAGAUGGAGACAACUGCAGGGGAGGAUGAAGGUGAGAAUGGUGGACACCAGACACCCGUGUCUUUGUUGGAAGUGGUGUCUGAGCUUGAGGCCAACCGGGAGGAGGAGUGCGAAGGAGUAAGUGGGUCUGAGUUGCUGGCUCCGAUAGACACAGCAUGCUGUAUGGCCCAGGAGGGUUUCCUCUAUGAGGCUUCUGCCCCAGAGGCGGUGCCUCGUCUCUGCCAAAACUCCCAUCUGCAGCCCUCUCAAACUCUUGUGGUCAGCCAGGAACCCCAGGCCCUCCUUCCACUCCAGGAUGACUACACUGUCGGCUCUCCGUGCUCGGAGAGCCCUGUGACUGGGUUGGAGCUGCCUAGCGGCCUCCUUGGAGAUGCAGUUUCCCGUACUUCGGCGGAGGAUGGGUCAGACUGCACCAUGAGUGCCUCCACGGGGUCCGAUCAGACCGCGUCACCUCUCGGCUAUGGGGCGGUGGUGACCUUGCGUCAGAGGAAGAAGGCUGGCCAAGGAGCCUUGAGGUUUGUGCGUCAGUACCCCUUUGCCAUCCAAGCCCUGUGGUGCCUGCUGAGUGGCAGAACCCUGGUGGUGCUCGGGGCAGACGAGGGGAGAGUCCGCCGGUUGGUGGCGGCUCUGGCUCUCUUCGUACCGGCUCCGGGGAAGUGUGGAGAGAGGGUUCAAGCUUGGUUGUCCUGUCCCUUCACCCUGACUGACCUGCAGAGGUGGAAACUCAUUGGAUUGCAGAGGGUCGCAUCCCCGCUGGGCUCUAGCAUGCUUUACUCGCUCUCCCGCUACAGCCGCUACAUCUCCAUCCUGGACGCUGACCAGAAGACCUUGCGCUGCCCGCCGUAUCGUGGCCAGCUGCUCGCUAACAUCGCUGACCACCGCACCUACAUCCGCCGGGGCUCCACCUACUUCCUCCACUUACAGAGUACGCUCUGUCACCUAGCGGCCAAGGCCUUCUUGUUCACUUUCACCCAUCACCUCCACCUGCCAGUCAGCGCCACCGAGGGGCCCGAGGUCGUGGAGAGCCGCCGCCGGUGCUUCCUGCAGGAGCAGCUGGGGCUUGGCGAGGAGGACAGCCAGAUACUGCUCUACCUCAGUCAGCUCAUCACUCAGCAGUACCUACAGCCCAAUGGCAGUAGUGCAGCAGCACCGUCUUUUAGUUUUAACUACACCACCAGCAUUUUAUAUAAGAUCUAAUACUACACAGGGAGGAGGAUUGUUACAUUUUUGCAGAAUUCAUCUGUGAUAUUUCACUUUUUAAUGGACCAAAUGUGAUCUUAAUAAGGUCUAAGGUCAGUUUAGUUUCAGGACAAAACUCACUGCACUGGUUAUUGUUUUAUCUGUGCUCCAUCUCCCCGUCUCUCUCUGCCUUGCUGUCUUUUUCCUUCGGAGCAGAGAGAAGGAUACAGAGUGAGUUGUGACUGUGUGAGUGGAUCACUUGAGUGUAUUCGAUCUGGAGCAUAUUGACGCAGCCACCGAGCAGAGCAACAGAGCGCACACACACACACACACACGCACACGCACACACACACCUGUUAAAUGUUACAGAACUCAAUCUGACGCCACUGCUCGUGUGUGCUCAGCCGGCAGCUUGCAAGCAGGUUCGGUCUCAGCUAAGUGUCAACACCUACCAGUCACGGAGCAGUUUGUCAGCUUUGACUUCAUUCGCGCUAUAUGUAAACAUGUUUUUCAGGCUUAUGGGAACAACCUCACAUAUGCUGACACUUUGUGCCCAUCGAGGACAGACGUCUGCUUACGACACCUAAUUAGCACCGCGGAGGCUUAUUACAGCAGGUUUUCGUGACAUUCCUAUCUAUUUGAAAAUCACCGCAGAACUUUCAAAGGUCAAAACACUUUAAUUUUCUUCGUUUUGCACAUCCACAGUUAUUUUUCAUCCUCUCUUUGUUAUGAAUUAAUUUUAAAGCACAUUCCUGCACAGAUGAAUGUCCUGCUACAGUCUGAAUUUGACCGAGUUAGACUUAACCUGUGAGAGCACUAAGGGCUGCUGGGUUGCUCAUGCAUGAAGAAGUUAGAAGAACUUGGAUUCAUUCAGCUCCAUGUGAUAAGUUGCAUGUACUGUAAUUGCACACGAAUUUAACCAUGUAUAGAGCCAGCAGCUGCCGAAACCUGUUGGUAUUCACUCCUGCUGAGCAUUUUCACUAUUAUUAUUCCUCACACAGUCAGGAAGAUUUUAUAGCCUCUUAACCUAAAUGUAUUCGAUUUCACUGUUGUCUUAAACUUGUGUGAGGCUGUCGUGGUGUUGGGGUGUUCGCUGUACUGAUAAUCUUUUCGGUUUCGUCGUGUUUAGAUGAAGUGACUUUGACCAGACGCUGAACAGUUUUGAGGACGCUUUUUGUUUUGUAUAGUUUUUAUUAUGAGAGGAAAUUCUUUCUCAUGCCAUCCGGGGUUUGAUUUCAGACAGUUGCCUGUCCUUUAUUUAACAAACCUUUGCUGGGGAUGUGUUCUGAACAAGUCUCUGUUGUGUAUUUAUUGUUAUUUUUGAUUCUGACCAUUUGUCUGUGAUUUGUGCACAUUUGUGUUUGGACAAUUGAAGAAGUAAGACAUUUUAAAGUGGCUGUAUUAUUAUUCUAAUUUACAGAACCAUGCUUUCAUUGCUGAGCUCCAGUAGUGUAACUUCCCACGAUUCACACAGUAGUCUGUAUUUAUCUUACUUUAAAUUGGGCACCUUAGUUCAUCCAGUGUGUGAAACAAGCUGUCCCUUUUAGCCACCUUCCUGCUGAUUGGCUGCUCUUCACCUGACUUUUACUACAGAAUCUGGUGCAGGUGACUGGCGCCAUCUCCAUGUACCCAUUUAUAAAGUUCUGAAAACAAACUGUAAGCCUAUUAAAAUGCACAGUUUCACGACUUCCCGAUUCGAUCCAGAAGAAGAAGAUAGUGAAUUUAAGGUUUUACAGACAAGUUUACGCUGUCUGCUUAUUGUGGGACAGAACACUGGAUAUUUAUUUCAGUGUUUGCACAAAGUAUAUCCUCUUUAAUAGUUGUAUAGAUGAGGAAAGUGGCUGAAAUUGACACUAAAGUGGAAAACUGUAAAGAAAUACCAAAGGUAUGUAUGUGGCCAGUAAAGUGUUCUGACAGUAAAGUAUAACUGCUAUUACUUCUAAUCAAAGCUCGCAAGCUUUAGCAUAACUGCAAGAGCAGCUUAGCUAAAUGUAAAUGUGCCCUUCAUUGUAAUUACUAACUUACAGGUCACUUAUAGCCUGGGGUUCGGACUCCUCAACCUUUAAGCAUAAUAGGUCCACUUUAAUUAUUGAAGUUAUAUUGGCCAGUAAUGAAGAAGCGUCCUCGACAGUGUCUUUAAAUUUUAUUGUUCCUAGUUCUGUGGCGUCAGUGAUUGGAGCUGUCAUGGUAACUGUACUUGUGAAUGCAUGGUUUUAAUGUGAAAGGUCAAACAGCAUAGGAUCAAGUCUGCUGUCUUCUAACUACAAUCAAGGCUUUUAAAACAAUUGACAGCAAUCUGAAAAUUUUAAAAUUCCAUUCAGUGUAUUAUUUCCGUUUAGUGCAGUUCGGGCUUAGUGAUUAUCAUUCUUUUGCUGCAUGUGAUGUCUGUUUAAAGCGCUUGAAAGCUACUUUUUGUUUCUGCUCAAAUGUUACAGCAUUUGUUUUUUGUUUUUUAGUAGCUAAUGUCUCCCUAAUGCAAAAAGGUGAAUGUAAUCUGAAAAAGCCAUACCACAGUGUGCUUAACAUGUUGUCACUCAGUGUCCUUACGUUGCCAUAUCAUGUCUACCUUUCAUCAUGAGGGGGCGCUGAGCUGUCUUCCGCUCCGUACGGCGGUGUGUUUGCCAGUGACCUGAAUAAAGCACGUUGUGAAUGUCUUGAUGUUUUUAAUGCCAUGUUGAUGAUAUUCAUUUAUUAAAUUAUUUUUUUGCCUGA